UGAGCGAGUUCACUUUGUUCCUGUCAGUGUUCGAGGUGGUGGGAGGAGAGAGAGCGUGGCUCUGACAGCGAGACGUCCACCUUCAAAACGCCCCACACAGUUUGCUGAAGUUAGAAUUUUCCCUCAGUUGUGACUUUUUGUUUUGUGGGCCUGGGCGAGGGGAGGGGGAUUUCCUCCUCUGGGUUUAAAUUGAUUUGUCUGGAUUUUGAAUUGGGUUUCAGGGUGAUUUCAGUGUCAGCCCUAAGCCCCCUUUCCCCCCGCCCCAGUGGGGGGUGGGCUGUCAGAGAUGUCCUCAGUGUCUGAGCCCCGGGACGCAGCAGCAGCAGCUCCUGCUGCCCCGGGGAGCUCCCUGGCUGGCCUCAGAGAGGCGAGCUCCCCCCCUCAGGGUGGCUGCUUCCUGCUUCAGGUCGGGCUGUCCCGGGAGACGGUGUCCCUGAGUGGGUUAGAGCUGUCCGUCAGAACCGCAAGGAAUCUCAGCUUCCAGCUGCUGGAGAGAAAGUUUCCGGACAGUGUGUGGAAUGGCCUUUCUGAAGACCACAUCCUGCUGUUCCGACAUGAGGCACACUCUGAGAACAUCCUGCAGCGUCUCCUGUCUGACGAUGCUGUCCGUGAGGGCGACCUCAUUGAGGCCGUCAUUACAGGCUCGGCGUCCAUCGGAGGGAACAACAUCCAGCCCCACGUGCUCUUCGUACAUUCCUACAGGGCCCCGGCCUUCUGUAACUACUGUGGUGAGAUGCUGUGGGGCCUGGUGCGGCAAGGCCUGAAAUGUAACGGCUGCGGCCUAGACUUCCACAAAAGAUGUGCCUUUAACAUUCCAAACAACUGCAAAAGGAGCCAUCGCCGACUUCCAGACAGCACUAACCCCACUCGGACAGCAGGAGGCACUGACAACCACCAAGAGACUCGCUCCCACCCUGUGACGUUUGGUGGUUGGACUCCAUCACUCAGCGGACGCCCGGUCUGGGUGGAUCGGCAGGAGAUGGCGAGGGUAAAGGUGCCCCACACGUUUCACAUUCACUCGUACACCCGGCCCACCAUCUGUCAGCACUGUAAACACCUCCUCAAAGGCCUCUUCCGACAGGGCAUGCAGUGUAAAGAUUGUAAAUUCAAUUGUCACAAACGUUGUAUCGCUCUGGUCCCAAACAAUUGUCUCGGAGAAUCGACUUUAACCAACGGAGAUGAUGGGAGAGAGUCGCCCUCCGAAGGAGACCCUGGGGAUUGCGACACAGGCUCCACCGAGAGGCUUCCCAACUCUCCAUCAGAACCAAUCAGUCCGUGUUCCUCCAACAACAUCCCGUUGAUGAGGGUGGUCCAGUCAAUUCGCCAGGUGAAACGACAGGGCACUGAUGUCAUCCUGGAAGGCUGGUUAAUGCAUUACACUUGGAAGGAGCCCCUGAGGAAGCGACAUUACUGGCGUCUGAGCAGCAAGUGCCUUACCCUGUACCAGAAUGAAACCGGGAACAAAUUCUACAAGGAAUUCUCCCUCUCCGAUAUCUGGCUGGUGCGGUCUGCCCGGGAUUUCUCCGGACUCUCUCUGGGCGGGCUCCGUUCCGCCUUCGAGCUGGUGAUGGCGUCGGACACGGUGUGUGUGGGUGAGGACCUCUCUGCGGAUACUCAGCCUGGUGGUGCAGCGCGCCAGCUCCGUGCUCAGGACUGGGAGGGAGCUAUUCGCCAGGCCCUCAUGCCUGUCAGCGCCCCGGCCAAUCUCCUCCCCCUGACAGAUGCUAGCAGGUUGCUGGGGCCUAGCAAGCAGCAGCAAGAGACGGGUAUCAGUCGUGUCUAUCAGAUAUUUGUGGGUGAUGUUUUGGGAUCGGGACAGUUUGGAGUGGUGUACGGAGGAAAACACCGCAGCACCGGCCGGGAUGUGGCCAUCAAAGUUAUUGACAAGCUGCGGUUUCCCAGGAAACAGGAGAGUCACCUCAGGAACGAGGUGGCCAUCUUACAGACCGUGUGCCACCCUGGGGUGGUGAGCCUGGACGGUGUGUUUGAGGGCCCCUCCCGGCUCUGCCUGGUGAUGGAGCGGUUGCGCGGCGACAUGUUGGAGAUGAUCCUGUCGAUGGAGGAGGGCCGGCUCCCCGAAAGACUCACCAAGUUCCUCACCACCCAGAUCCUGGAGGCCCUUCGCCAUCUCCACCUGAACAACAUCGUGCACUGUGACCUCAAACCGGAGAACAUCCUGCUCACCUCAGCCGACCCCUUCCCCCAGGUGAAGCUCUGCGACUUUGGGUUUGCCCGGAUAAUCGGGGAGAAGGGGUUUCGGAAGUCGGUGGUGGGCACUCCGGCCUACCUCGCCCCCGAGGUGCUGCACAACGAGGGCUACAACCGGGCCCUGGACAUGUGGUCGGCCGGAGUGGUCAUCUACGUCAGCCUGAGCGGGAUCUUCCCCUUCAACGAGGACGAGGACAUCAAUGACCAGAUCCACAACGCCAGCUUCAUGUACCCCGCCAGCCCCUGGGGGCAAAUCUCCCCCAGCG